CCCUGACUUGCAAGCCGCAGUCCCACCGACAGCCAGGAUAUACCGUCGACAGCGCGCCGACCGACGAGUCCGACGACUCGAGUCACUCCACAUCGCCCGCACCCAUGUCCCACAGCAAGGCCGUCAUCGCGGCGCUCGCGGACGCGGGCAUCUACAUCGACGCGUCUACUGGGAGAGUAGUUAAGCGGUCGACUGCUGCUGCUGUUGCCGCGGACAUCGCACUCGAGCGCGCCAAGCCGGCCGCGACGCUGCGGCGGUUUCGCAGAGAUCCCAACCUGCCCGCCGUCCGAUUCGUCGAGGACCUCUUUCCCGAGACGUCGCUCUUCAAAAGUCUGCUGAACGCCGUGGGGAUUGGUGACCUAGCAAACAUAGUGGUCGUGAAUCGUCAGUUCAAGAAGGAGUUCUACGACGCACAGAUACUCACGGGCCGAGCUUGCAUGGCGUUGACGGGCCAGGACUGCGAGGCCUCCGCCGCCGAGGCCCGGAAAUGGUACAGGGUCUGUGCCGACAUGCAUGGCACGAGGGAAGCGUAUUGCAUGCUCGGCGGGAUAGCGAACGAGGGCGGGGCGUCGAGCGUGCUCGCCGAGAUGGUGAGCCCCCUCGGCGACGCUGCCAUCGACCUAGACGAGUCGGAGCGAUGCCUCCGCGCCGCGAUCGCCGCCGAUAAUUCUCCUCCGGGGUCCUACCAUUUGUUAGCGCCGCCGGACCACGCGCUCGACGCCGCGAAAGUUGAUUUGGCCAUGACGUUGGCCGAUAAGGCCUGGUUCGAUCCCGAGGGAACCAAUGCGCCCUAUCUUCUCGCCGAGGCGGGUAUUCUCCUCGACGCGGUCCUGGAUCACGACGAGGUCCCGAGUGUGCACGAGGUGCCGUUCCGCUACCCGCGCCGCGAGGCGGCCACGCUGAAGGCGCAGAUGAUCCAGAAAGGGGACGUGGCGGGGACCCCGACCGACGUCCUGGCGCUCAUCGAGGCCAUACCCCCGGACGAACGCGACGCGAACUGCGACUACCUGCUGGGCAAGAUCUACAUGAGGCUCGACGAAGAGACGCCGAACGACGAGCACGCGGCGCGCGCCUUCCAUCACAUCCACCGCGCGUUCGACGCGGGCCACCCGCGCACGCCUUUCGAAAUGGGGCAGCUCGCGGAGCGCGGCCGCGGCACCGACCUGAGCUUGUCCAAUGCCUACUUCAUGUAUCUGCGUAACGCGUUUCACGGCGGCGACGGGAACGAGCGCUCCAUCGCGCGCCUCGCCGAAGACGCCGCGGCGGGGCCGCCCUACCCUCCGGAGCUCAUCGAGACGAUGGAGGACUUCGACGAGCUGCGGGCGUAUGCCGACGAAAACGACGGAACCCUGAACGUGGAGGAGGCAUUUGCCUUUUUGGGCAUUGGGGCACAGUCGUCUUCUGACGACGACACGUACGACGACAGUGAUUGACUAACCACGAUAACUAGAUAUUACGA